UUAUGCCUCAUUUGUGCCAUCGAUGGUGAGGGGUAUAGUCGAAACUUGCUGUAAGUGUGGUAUAUCUUCCAAUGCUCUAGAUUUUUAAUUCCAAGAAAAUGUCCUGUCAGAUCAGAGCAACGUCUGGUGUUGUGGUGGAGAAUAAUGAAGUGUAUCAAGAAGCUGAAUUCGAUAGUUCAGAUGUGAACAGGAAGUUUAAAGCUGAAAUUGUAUGGAAGAAUGUUCUCUAUCUGUCAUACUUCCACAUAGCUGGGCUGUACGGCUUCUACCUGAUGCUCACCAGCGCCAAGAUUGCAACAUCUCUGUUCGCCGUGUUCAUAUUCAUUGCGUCAGGCUUAGGGGUUACGUGCGGUGCCCACCGUCUCUGGACCCACAGAGCCUUCAAGGCCAACCUCGGUCUCAGGAUUGCGCUUAUGAUUUUAAACUGCAUGGCAUUUGAGGACAGUGUGUACGAAUGGGCUAGGAACCACCGAGUUCACCACAAGUACAGCGAGACAGAUGCUGAUCCUCACAACUCUAGACGAGGGUUCUUCUUCUCUCAUGUCGGCUGGCUGAUGGUCAGGAAGCAUCCUGAUGUUUCAGAGAAAGGAAAGACGGUCGAUAUGUCUGACCUUCUCCAGGAUCCAGUUCUGGUCUUUCAAAGGAAAUACUACAAGUACUUGAUGCCACUGCUGUGCUUUGGCUUCCCCACGGUGGUGCCAGUGUGGCUGUGGUCCGAGACAUGGAACAACGCUUAUCAUGUGGCUGCCAUGUUCCGAUAUGUCUAUCUGCUCAACUGUGUGUGGCUGGUGAACAGCGCUGCACAUUUCUACGGUCCCAGGCCUUAUGAUAAGAAUAUGGAGCCGAGGGAAAAUGUGACAGUAGCAGUGAUGACACUAGGUGAGGGUUGGCACAACUACCACCACGCCUUCCCUUGGGACUAUCGCUCCUCAGAGCUCGGUUACUUUCGCUUCAACUUCACCACCCGCUUCAUCGACUUCUGUGCCAGGAUGGGCUGGGCCUACGAUCUCAAGAGCGCUCCCCUUUCCAUGGUCCAACGGAGGGUCAAGCGGACAGGAGACGGAACAUACAAAAACCCCUUCCCAGACAGUGUUUGGGGCUGGGGAGAUAGGGACAUGACCCUGGAGGAUAAGAAGGAGGUUGUUGUCCUUCAUGGAAGGACAAUGCAAAAUAACAAUGUAGAGAAAAUUGAAAAACUUUGUAGAUAAUGCCAUUAGUUUGGAACUGUUUAGAACUAGAAGAGUUUCUUGAGUUAGAGAGAUUAGUUUGAUAGGUAUAGUUUGAUAAGUUACUACUUAGUUACCAAGAAUGAUACAGUACUGUGGAAAAAGUUAAUAUAAGUAAAAACCCCUUUCUAUUAUUAAAUAUUUUUAAAUAUAAUUUCAAAUAUAAAAUAAUAUGGGUGGCUUCAUAAAUACUGUGAAAUUUGUGAAAUUUUUAGUAAAUAACUAGCUGACCCGGUGAACUUCGUUUCACUUACCUCUUAACAUAAACCAUAUUAAUUUAAACCCUAAUUAUGUAUUGCAGAACCGG